CAAAGACAUCGUUUUCUGUGAGUGAUUCAGGUUGUGAAUAUUUACGCUGAGCGAUACACUCGGCCACUGAAGGACAAAGCCACGGGGCCAUUUCGAAGAUGAGACUCAUCGUGGUGUUGGCGAUUCUCAGCUUCAUCACAUGGAUGAGCUCGGUCCAUGCAAUGCAUGUACCCGUGUCCGGCUGUUGUCCUCUUGUGUCCAACACCAGAGUCCAUAUAAAAAGAAUUAAGAAUUACACAAUUCAGUCUGAAGGUGUCUGUCCUGUCACAGCUAUAGUGUUCGAGACGAUGCUUGGAACUAGAAUUUGCUCCGACCCCGAGAGCAAUUGGGCAAAAAAAGCCAAGGUGAAGGUGGAUGAGGAGGCAAAAGGGUUGCUUGAGAUGGAACAGAAUGCACAGGCAUCCACAAGUGACUCCACAUCAACAGUCCCCACUACAACAAAAAAAGCCAAGGUGAAGGUGGAUGAGGAGGCAAAAGGGUUGCUUGAGAUGGAACAGAAUGCACAGGCAUCCACAAGUGACUCCACAUCAACAGUCCCCACUACAACAAAAAAAGCCAAGGUGAAGGUGGAUGAGGAGGCAAAAGGGUUGCUUGAGAUGGAACAGAAUACACAGGCAUCCACAAGUGACUCCACAUCAACAGUCCCCACUACAACAAAAAAAGUACCUGUGAAGAAAGGCAGGAAAGGAAGGAGGCGGCGGCUGAGGAAAACGUUCAGAAGAGUGAGGAGGCAGCGGCUGAGGAAAAAGUUCAGAAGAGUGAGGAGGUGGCAGAGGAAAGGUGUCUGAUGGUGUCUUUCAAACCUGCUUUGUAACAUUAACAGCAAAGAGAACUGAAAUGUAUUGUUAUCAUGAUUAAACAUCCAGAAUAUGUAGCUAUUAUGUCAAGACUCUGGUCUCUAGUUCGAUUCCAGAGGCCAACCCCACACCAAUUUCACUGUAUUUCCCAGGUGUGUGGAUUAAUAAUGUUUUAUCUUAUCCUAUCUUAAGUUUGUAUUGACCGUACCUUAUGUAAAUGUGUGCGUAUGUUCGUCAAAGUAUUUUCCACUGUCACUUACCAAUAAAGUCUUUCUGAGCAAA